GAGAGAGCUGGGGCCCAGCUUCCUGAGGGGAGGACCAGGGUCGCACAGCCCACAUGCCCAAAGGGAUGCCAGCCUGGGUGUUCAUCCUGGUCACCUGCCGCCUCCUCCACUUGCCCAGCCAGGCCACCACCUAUGUCAGCAAUGAAGACGCCUCGCUCCUGGCGGCAGAGCCAGAGCCCCUGCGCUGCUUCUCCAGGCAGUUCGAGGACCUCACGUGCUUCUGGGACGAGGUAGAGGAGGAGGACUGGGCUGAGCAAGAAGAGGAGGGUGGCCAGGAAGACGGAGGGCCCUACCAACUUUUCUUCUCCUACCCCGGGGAGGAGCCCCAAGUGUGCCCGCUGAGCUCCCAGAGGCUGCCCAACGGAGGGCUUCGCCACGUCUGUCAAAUCCAGCCCGCGGAAGGCAUGCGCCUGUUUGCCAAGCUGACGCUCUGGGUGUGGGACCCUGCCAACCGCCGAAACCGGACCCAGAGAGUGCUCAGCCUGGAAAACGUGGGCCUGCCGGCGCCACCUAAGAGCAUCACGGCAGUGACUUCUGGUCAGUCUGGGGAGCUGCAAGUCACAUGGGAGGCACAGACCUCAGAUAUUAGUGACUUCAUGCAGCAUGAACUUCAAUAUGGCCCUUUGGAUCCCAGCAACCCUGCUCAGCCCACAGUCACAGCGCUGCUCCAAGCACCCAUGUGCUGCCCAUUCAGAAAGUGGCCACACACCCAGCCACCCCAGGCCACGGCAACCCCCAGACCCGACCAGGCUCCAACUCGGCUUCCAGGGAGUCAGUCUAUACAGCGGUACCCCGCCACCGAGGGACCCUCCAGAAAAGGAUACGUGAGCCAGGGACCUGCUGUGGGGGGACCCACAAUACCGCAGUGGGCUGGGCCAGAGCAGCUAGGGGCCACCAGAGAAUCCCUAGGUCUAAUAGGUGAAAGUUGUAUCAUCUCAGGAUUUCAACCUGGGACCUCAUAUUGGCUCCAGCUCCGGAGCAAGCCUGAUGGAAUCUCUCUCAAGGGUUUCUGGGGACCGUGGUCAUCGCCUGUGAACGUUACCCUGCCACGGGACGCAAGGGAGAUUGGGCUUCAGUGUUUUACUCAGGACCUGGAGCGUAUCACAUGCCAGUGGCGAGGACCAGCCCAGCCCAUCACCUCCCAUGGCUACUUCUACCACUGGGCAACUGGCAGCUGUCCUAGAGACAGGUGGGGGUUUCUCCACAGGGGCCCAGUCUGGGAGAAAUGUGAGAAGACGGACUCCAGGGCCGAGGAAACCCCAAUCUCCCUCUGCCAUUUCCAGUCUCAAAAUGACAGUGCCAUUCACAUCCUGGUGGAGAUCACCACUGAACAGGGCACCGUCCAGCAGUACCUUGCCACUCCCUUCUGGAUGCAUCAGAUUGUUCUCCUCGAAGCUCCAGAGCUGCACUGGGCAGCCGGGCCCCGGGGGCAGCUCAAGCUCACCUGGAGGGCCCCCGCGCCCUGGCUGCCGGGGAAGACGCACUACCAGAUCCGCUACUCGGUUCAGAGCCACGAGAAUUGGAAGGUGCUGGAGCCUCCGCGGGAUGCGCUGGGAGAAACCCUGGAGCUCCGCCCCGGGGCCCAGUACCGACUACAACUGCGCGCGCGGCCGGAUGGCCCCACUUAUCACGGACCUUGGAGCGCCUGGUCUGCGCCUGCGCUCGUGGAGAUGGCGCCCGAGAGUGGCUGGGUAUCCAUGGUGACGAGUGCGGUGCUGACGCUGGGCUUCGGCGGUCUCGUGGGCCUCGUGUUGCGGCGCCUCUUCCCCGCGCGGUUCAGGGCCCUGCGGCAGACCCUAUGGCCUCCACUUCCUGACCUGCAUCGGGUCCUUGGGAGUUUCCUCACUGAGCCUCCCACCUCCACGAGCCAGCCCAAGGCCCCAGCCAUAACCGAAGAGGAGGAACCGAGCGUCUUGGAGGUUCUUUCUGAGUCUGUGGAUGGUCAGUCCCAACUGGACUACCCCGUGUUACUGCAGGCUGGCUGCCCGGGCUCCUCCUGGUCCCCACCUUUAGCCCCAGCCCCUUCACAUUCUGAGCUUGACCCCACCACCCACAUUGACAACUACUCCUAUCUGCCUCACUUGUCCCAGCCUCCCCCCCACUCAAAUCCCUGCCACCAGCCCUUGGACAAAGUACUGUUCCCUAGAGCCCCCAGGCCCGAGUGCCUGCCGGUGACCCCCCUCACCCCACUGCUUUCCCAAGUGAGCCCAAGCUCAGCCUACUGACCUCCUGAGUGGGGCCCUCGCCCUGCCCACCUCCCUGCCUCCUGAGCAACCCUUAAGGCCUCUGUUUCCCCUCCCAAAUUAAGCCCUAUGGAGCACAGUUGGGGCCAAGCUGCCCCCCCGCCCAGCACCCAGCCCUAACACUCCUUCCUAGUCGUGGAGGCCCGAGCAAGCCUGGGCCUGAGCUUUAUCUGGGCAGCCAUUGGUCCCCAGAGUGACCAACCCUAGGGACAAAGCACUCGAGGUCUCUCCCAACACCCGGGGAUCGAGUCUUUCCCAAAGCCUCUGCCACCUUCAUUGUACGCAAUUGGAAACAGCCGUAGAUCCUCGGCCUGUGGCGUGGCUCCUUCGCCAUCUGCCCGGAGCCUGGCGUCAGUGACUCACCUGGCUCCUUAGCUAUCGCACACAGCCGCUCAAUAAAGGUUUCCUGGAACGACCACUUGGGCUUCCUACACUGGGGACAGAGAGGGACGCAGCUGAAGGAAUGGCCAGGCCCCUGGGCACCGUCCCAAACUCUGCCAGGCGGCAGAGAGGCGGCCACGGCUUUGCCAAAUGACCGUGGGGGAGGCCCUCAAGGGCAGGUAAGAGAGGCGCUUGCCCCCAGAUCUUGGUGGGAGCUCCAGGCCUCUUGUUGGAGCGGGCCACCAGACUGGGAAUGAGGAAGAGCCAGCUAGCUUUCAGUUCUGACCUCCAGGCGGGUGACCUUGGGGAAGCCAGACCCUUUCUGUGGCCUGAGCGCCUGCUGGGGUCCCAGCACUGGGCUAGGCACGGAGGGACAGCCUGAGACAGGGGGCUGCGCACAUGCGCAGGGCCCUGAAGGCUGACAGGGACGCUCCAGCUUGCUCAUGUCUCAUUUAAGCCCCCCAUGAGCCAUGAUGAGAAAACCACUAGCAGCAUCUCAGCCCCUUCCACCCCACUCCCCCGAGGGCGCCUCAGGGAUGGCUAGCAAGGGUCGAAGGGAGAAUUCAGGGGGGGUGGGGAGGAGAGCAGACUUUCCAGGCUAACCCAGGGCAGAGUUGCCCUCAACACAUGCUCAUGGACUAAUGGGGGGAAACCAGAUGAUGGAGAGCCUGAAAGGUGGAGGAACAGGGAGAAUUAGAAGAAUCCUUGAAUUUCUGAGAUCCAUGGGCAGGGAAACUCCUCAAAAGAACACUGUAUCUGCACCUUUCAUUGUGCAUUUGAGCCAUAGUGCAUUCAGUAGGCUGCCAUUCAGUCUCUGGUGGAAGACCUUCACAAGGAAGGGGAGCCCACCUUCCCCCAGGGCACCCGUGCCUCUUGGAGGUAGCUGUUGGCAAGCUUCCUCAGUGUCUUUGCAGCUUACUACUUUGGAUUCUGCCCCGUGAGGCUAAGGAGAAAGAACCGAGCCCCUCAUCGGCGUGGCAGCUCUUUCUGUCCCCGAAGAUGGCUGGCAUGGUUCCCCCCGGUCUCCUGGGCAGUUGGGAUGGCCAAGAAGUUUUUCAUCUCCUGCCAAUGUUGAAGGGUGCCAGAGCCCCAUGUGGUUGGCUCUGACAACAGAGAGCUGGCCAUUCCCUCUGUUCACUGUGGGCCAGUGACUCCUUCCUCCAAGCCCCACCCUGCCUCCCAUCCGGAGGCCUUUCAGAGCUGGGGCAGGUGCCGAAGGGAGGUCUCGGGCUACGUGGCCAGUGUGCUCACACCUCUUUCUGUGCUUGCUUCCAGCCCAUCUCUCAGGCCUUGUUCACUGUUCUCAGUCCCCUCCAGCACCUCACUCUGUAUUCAGCCCUCGCCUCUCAGCACCCCUCCAACCUCAUACCACCCAUCAUCCUCCUGGUCACCCAGUCACUGCAGACUGCUGUCCUCACCUUUCAUAUCCAGUGAAUCAGUUGCCACGGCCUAGCCAUUCUUCCCUUGACAUGUUCUCCACAAGGCUAGGUGACAUUCAUUCCUCAAAAAGGUCCCUUCUCUUUGUGGACUUCUUGUCUUUGUACUAGCCAUCCCCCCCACUUCCCCAAGCCUAGAAUGUUCUCCCUCCUCAUCUCCACCUUUCAAACCCUCUGAUUUCCUUCAGAUCUCAGUCCAGAUGCCUCCCCCGCAGUGCAGGCCCUGGCUGAUUAUCUCAUUCAUGGCGUCCUUGGGCUUCCCAGGCUGGUCCCCUGCUAGCUUAGACCAAAAGGAGCAUGAAGUAAAAUUCUUGUACUCCAUCCAGCAGCUAACAAAAGAACCUUCCUUAGCCAUGACCGGAGAAAGAUGUUUACCCAGGAUAAAAACUGAUUCAGGAGAUCAGCUCCUCAGGGACUGGUCUGCCAUCUGAAGCCCACCAGUGACCACGAGUUCGUCUCCCUCCAGAAUGGUUUUAAGAUCUUUUAAGGGAGAACAGAUCUAAUUUGCUUGGAGUUGGGGAGGAGGGGAAGGUGAGUCAAUUGUUCUCUCUCCCCUAGAAUGUAAGCUCCUUGAGGUCAGGGUCUCUUUUCUUUGUUUCUCUACUACUUAGCUCAGUUCCUGGCACACAGCAGGUACUUAAUAAAUGCUUUUUGAUUGA